UUGUUUUCCUGUGGAUUGCUUAGUGGUCGCCGCUCGAGCUGGACAAGUGGUGUGUUCUGAAUCUUGCCCCGUGGGGGGUCCAGGAUAGGAGGCAUUACCCUGAUCCACCAUGGCAGAACUCGAGGCGACCCCUUUGCCCGAGGGCAACGGUCUUGGCCUGCAGGGCGUAGUGGCCGCCACUAAAAUUGAUGCUGGCAGCUGCGAUCCGCCCCGUGACCCCAACAACUUCGACGACGGUGACGACGACGACUUUGGACACUUUGCCACUGCCACCACAGCACCUCCAGCGUCUGCAGCAGACGUGAAAUACAUUCCAGCAGCAGAUGAUGCGGUCACCUCUGAGGUGGCCGUAACAUGUGAUCGCACCAACGGGACAUUGUUGCCCAAUCAGUGUUUAGGUGACAGUGAUGAUGACAGUGAGACUAGUCAGGACACCAGCGGGCUUGCACGCCGAGCUUCGGCAGAACUGCCAUUCUCCAGCGAGACCAGUGGCGUCAAGAGGGAGGACAGCUUUGAUGACUUUCAACAGGCGCAGGCUGUAGUGCCACCAUUCGAGGCGGCGCUUGCACCAGUGGAUGAAGGAAGUGAUUUCGCUAACUUUGAGCAAGCAUGUGACGCAGUGGGGGCAGAUAGUUGUGAGUGGGGUGACUCCAAAGGGGGUGGUUUUGCGGACUUUGCAGCUUUUGGGGAUGCGUCGAAGACUGCCGUGGAGGAUGGUGACUGGGCUGAUGAUGGUUGGAAGUCAUUUGCUGGUGCAGAGGACAGCGGAGCGACAUCGGUUGUGUUACCUGUAGUAUUGCCACAAGAAGAGACUGUCUCUAGUCAGCUGGUGUCGGGAGAGGGCUCAUUUGAAAACCUGCUCCAGAGUGCCUACGCCCUCGAAGAGUUGAGUCCGGUCUCUGCAGAGGAUAAAGACAUUGUGGCUCUCAGCUGUUGCGAGGUUCAUGUAAGGCUGUGGGAGCAGCUCCAGGAUUUGGACCGUGCCCCAUCACUGAAGUUCAGCUGGAAUGGCUCACAGUCAUGUCAGCACCUGCUGCAGAGCCUGUCCAUUGACUCUAGGAAUAUUCUGCGUAACCCGUCAGUGCCGCUGUUUGCCUCCCACCUGGGUCUGCUGGAGCCCCAGCGGGGCGGCACGGCCAGCCCCUCUGCGGAGGAGCCAGCGUCCUCCACGCCUGUCCCUCCUCCGGCCUGCUCAGAGCAGGCCGGUGCGGACAGCGCCAUUCCUCCGGCUCAGUUUGACUGGACUUCGAGCGGCCUGGUAAACCCUUUGGAGCAGCCGGCUGCCUCGACGUUGCUGGACCUCGAAUUUCUUUCGAGCCUCUCGUCGGCCACCGUGGGCAGCAGUCCUCCAACGAGCAGUCUGGAGAAAGAAUUCCUGGGGUUGAGCGGUUCUGAGGAAGCACCAGUGUUGUCGCAGUCUUCUGCACCAUCAAAGCUACAGGAGCUGUUACGGAACAAUGUGUCCACCCUGUCGUCAACACGCCGUCGGCCCUCGCUGCUCAGCGGCGAAGCCCAGGCCAUCUUGGAUAGACUCCCAGACCUGUCGUUUAUGCAGGCGCGCGUGCUCAUGUUUCCGGUGCACUUGGACUGAUCCUUAUAUAUGAACGUGUGGGGCCUGAAAGCUACUGUCCCCAUAUUUACAAUGUAGGGGAGAGGAACUUGACAUGGCCCUCAAAUCAUGAGCUGAUGGUUGAAUUUGGUAUUAGUGCUCGGCCCAUUGGCAGGGCCACCUGUUGUGCCGAGAGGAGGUUGUGCUACGUUGACAAUUCCAUUCUUCGAUUUGUUCAAAUGUGUUCGGCGUGUUUUAAUUAGUGCCAUCAGUGCACAUUCUUUUUGCGAGGAGUAUUUAGGAACUAGAUGUAUGCGUAUGUGUUUCUUACCACCGAUAACUUAUUUUGUUUGUGUUAAGAGCAAGAGCACAAGUGGCAGACUACUAGGGUUUAGGGGGUGUGGUCUAUUAGAUAAGGGAAUAUGUACUACGUCAGUGCAGCACACAUCAGUGCUGGUCAUAUCCCGACACAAAACACAACUUGGUGCUUUGGUCAUCUCUCUCUAAGUGCUGAAACGAUAAAUGCUCCUGCCUUUGCGCCUAUAUGUGUUCUUGUGUUUUCUCAGCUCUUUCUGCGCUUGCCUAAUAAAUGGUGGAAUAUGGUGGAAGUGCAUGUGAUGGUACUUUCCUUGUGGCUUUCAAACACUUGGCCUUUGUGUAAUGUACCGUGUUUACACGAUUGUAAGUCGACUCGAAUGUAAGUCGACCCUCCCAUAUCGCAUGUGACGGGGAAAAGAAAAAGAAGAGCAUACCCAAGGGCGCAUUCCAUAACAAAAAUUUAUUGGUAGCUGGCAUGGUCACUGGACUACUCAUCUUCACUUGUGCCAUCGUCCUCACUAGUGCUGCCAUUGUCAUCCUUGCUAUGUUCCCACAGCGCGUCAUCGUCCAGCGAAAUUCCACAUUUGGCAAACGACUGCACCACGACAUCUUGUGGAACAGCAGCCCACGCCGAAUGCACCCAAGCACACACAGCCGUCAGGGAGGCUCUUCUGACAGGUCCGGUUGGUGUAAGUUCACUGUCUUCUGCCGCCAGCCACUCAUACUCACGGCGGAGCAGGUCCUUGAAAGGCGAAGAUCCGGGCAUGUUUCAUGACUAUGUCGCACUUCACUGGCAGGGACAGAUCACGCGUUUCUGCAACGUACACCGCAAGCUUGGCCUACAGCUCCGGAAAGCAUCCAGACUUCGGCCAGUGGGAAAUUCUCUUGCUGUCACAAGUGAAAAUUUUGCUUCGCCACAGUCGCCACUCUCGCACCACCUGUUCAGAAACAUCAAACUUGCGGCCUGCUGCGCAGUGAUUUGUGUCUUCGGCGUAAAGGAUGGCAGCCCUCUUGAACGCUGCUGUGAACGAGCGCCGAAUGUUUAGUGGGCCUGGAGCACUCAUGACUGAGGAAGCAUGGAAGUAGCUCAUAGCUGGCAGUCAAGUCAAAUGCGUCAGACUAAGAGCUACAGGGAAAGAGAAACAAACACGUGAGCGGUGUCUGCUCUUUCAUGAACUAUCGAUACUCCCCGCUAGCGUUGCCAUUAUAAGGGUGCUGCCGCAAAUGGAACAGUGGCACUUCCGUCAACUAUUGUCACCCCCCCAUGAGUGUUGUGUGCACUGUAAAACUCUCAAAAAUGUUGAAAAACCCUUCCGAAAAGCAAACAAACGCACGGUAUAGCGAAAAGCUAUGGGUAGGGCCAUAGAGCAAACAAAAUUGUAACUACGCUGUAGCUCUCCUGAUGUCUUGUUGGUCUUGCUUUUUUUUGCCGUGCCAUGUAUGUUUUGGUUUUGAUUGUAAGUCGACCCAUGACCCCCCCGCCACUUUACAUUUUCAAAUUUAAAAAGAUAGGUCGACUUACAAUCGUGUAAAUAAUGUACUUAAUUACUAAGGCCCUAAAGAACCUGCCCACUUGCAAAUGGGCCAAUUGCCCAUGUUUGAAUGUUGCUAUCAAAUCGGCAAGCCAUAAUCUGUUGUCUUUUAUCUGCCAUAUUUCAGUGGGUCAUUUUCAUCACUUCUGCAUUAAAAGAGAUUAUUCUGGAAUUAUGACAAUGCAUAUUUCGUGUCAUGUUUGUUGGAGCUUCUUUCACGAAAGCAAUGUCUUUGAAGGAUUAUUAAAAGACGUGAAGGCUUGAAGAGUUGAGGCAAAUCAGCUUUGUUUUUGAGGCACAACUAAACAAGAUUGGAUGUCUGGAAUGAAUGCUGACAUUGUGGUAUAAUACGUGGUUUAGGUUUCACAGGAAAUGUGCAAUAUAAAGAUUUGAGCAAGGUUGCCGAGAUUGUAAAGCAGUUGCAGCGACUGCUAGUGCAGCUUUUGAGGUGGUGCUGCUGGUUUCACUUCGUUCCUCCUAUAAAUGUUGUUGGAGCAGUGAUAACCACACCAGUGUUCUCCUUGAGGUUUCUCACUGCUGCGGUCCUCUUCUCUGUCUUUGUCAUCAUUUAGUGAUAGUCUUUCUACAUGGCUUGCUAGAAAUGUACUUUUUUUUUUCAAGGAAAUUUCUUGCUUGUGAUAAGUGCUAGGUUUCACAAGAUAUUGUUAUGCUAUUGCCUCUGAUAUUGUUCUGUGACAUGCAAAAACCUAGUGUUGCUAGCACAAGUUACUGCGUUGACGUGGUCUGCUGUUAAUGCAUUGCCAUUUUGACCAAAAGGACUGUUGUUUGCAUAUGUAGUUGCUGUAGGAAUGUACUUGUUUUUUAUUAUCUCUUUAUUGCGGUUUUAACGUAGAUCAUGUGAUGAUCUGCAUUGUGCCCGGCCAACAAAUUGCUACAAAGUGUCCAUUGUGCAGCUGUCACUGUGAAAGCUCAGGGCAAGCCCGGAAUAAAUGGUUUCACAGGAAA